AAAAAAAAAAAAACCCUCCUGGACUUGCUUAAAAUAUAGCCUGUUCCUGCUUGUGCUCCAAGGAAAAACCACGCUGUAGCUGCGUUUGAGGGGACAACGGUACAUGGCAACGCCGUAGCAAGAUUGGACUGCGGGGCCAUCGCGGUGGUGCCUGCAGUCAUAGCCUGCUUUAGCAACAUCUCUCAGUCCUGUCUAUGCCAACAGAUGAGUCAUGUUUUAAUUGUAUUAAGGAACUAAAUUUAUUGUAUCUAGAUCCCCCAAAACAUGAGUGUUCACAGUAUAGAUGAGAAUCGUAGUGACUCCCUCAAUAUUGCAGUCAGGAGGCUUUUCAUAGCUGCUGUCCCAGGGAUGUAAUGAGGUCGUGCUGAUAAACUGCAUAGUUCUCAGGCAGGAUAAGGAAUGAUCUUUUGUUGCUUAAGUAUCCAGCAAGCAGCAGUUAACAUUCCUGCCUCAGUGAGUUAGACAGAUACUGUCUUCAUUAUCGGUUAGCCAGGUUGUGACAUCCUUGAUGUCUGUUAAUCAUGGGACUGCAAACACAAAAAAUGUGUUUAAGCUCCUAUGACUGUUGUGGAAUGGAUGCAUGAUAGUGGCAUGUGCACUUGAUUUUGUUUUUCCCAACCAGGGACUGGAAAACUCUCAGGAGAGCAUCUUACUCUUCUGAUGUUUUUUCAUAUUACUGUAUAGUUUAGUGUCUAAAUCCAGCAAGAUCUGGCUUAUGGUAAAGUUUUGAAUUUUCUAUUGAAGUUAUUGGGGUUGUCCAUAAACUGCUCAGGGAGAAAGAGACCCUAAGGCUACCUCAUUCACUGCAUGAUUUUGAAUCAACAUCUAUAUAUUCUCCUUUCUGUUCCCUUACUUUUCCUCUUUUUUCCUCCUUAUGUAUAUCUGAAUUCUGCCCUUGUUCUGAGACUAGAUGACUCCUUCCUUGGUCUCUCAUUGUACUUCCAAAAAGCAGAUAGCAAGAUAAUUGACUGCAGAUAUUAUAGAAUAACUAUGAUUUUAUUCCAAAGCAGUGGCCUCACAGGGUAAUUACACUGAAAUAGCUGUAAGGAUUAGCUAUUCUGCAGUAGCGAUAUCCAUAAAUUGCCCUUACGUAAGCAAGGCCAGUGAAGCAUUAUUGAAAUCGUGGGGUGGGGCAAUGUCAAUGCAAGGAGCAGGAAGGAGGUUUGAGUAUCUGUAUGGAGGUCCAAGUACUGCCAUGACUCACUUCACGUUUAUUAAAUCUGGUUUAUAUAAUAUUCUCUUAGCACAUCUUAGCACUGAAUUGUCAUUGUACUUUCCUAUUCCUGCUCUAUCAGUUCUCUUUUGGCUGCAGAUAGAAAAGUCCUAAACAGCUAUCUUCAGCUAACCCGUCAACAACUCCCUCUAACGAGGAAUAUUAGUAGCCAGUUAACAUUGUGAAACGCUGCUUUGGAGUUACUCAUAAGUUGUGAAUGUUUGCACCAGGCCAUCUCAUAGCUGAGGUGACUCAUUUCAUAAGAUUUCUCCUGCAGGCCUGAGCCUCACAUGCAGGUAGAAUAAGGCUCUGUUCUGUUUGCUUACCUUGAGGGGCUGCUAUAUCCUCCAGGACAAGAGAACAGACAAGUUGCACAGUUUUGUACCGUGUUACUGGAUUUCUUGAUAGCUUUCUUAAAAGAAACAAAGUAUUUGGCAAUCUAUUAUUUCUGUAAGUAACGCUUCAAUAGAUGGUCUUUCUUCCUCAGUGUGCUUUCUGCACACUUAAUAUAGUAGAUUUGGGGGCCAGAAGAGAUAAUUAGAUCUUUUAGUCUGGUCUUUAUGUAACACAGGAAUAUAAUUUAAUCUAAUGCAUCUUCAAACAGUGAGGAAUUUUAGGAGUUAUAUUGUUGCUCAGCCCUUACAACACUGGAGUCCAAAUGCCAAUCUCUGAACUUGCCAAUCCACGUUCUGUAUCUUAAGGACACAGUGGCAAAUUGUGAUAUAUAAAUUCCCAGGCUUUUUGCAGGCCUAUUAGAAACUGGCUUCAUAGACUGCUCUGGAGACAUUACCAAGCCCUUCUCCCUGUAUGCCUCACUGUAAUGGAUGUUGCCACAUGUCUGAAGGCAGAGCAGAAGAGGAUGAAAGCUGAGUGCUGUCUGCAGGCUACCGACUGAACCAUUCUGGCCAGUAAACACAUCCUUUUUAAAAAACACUCAAAACUUGAAGAGAUAAAGAAUCCACACUUCUCUUCCUCUGAGCCUUUGUCAUGUUUAUUUUCCUUCUAAGCGAACCAAGCUGGACUAUUUUUCAGAUAAUUUUUGUGCCUUUUGGAGAGGCAUAGUUCUGGAGUCAAGGGUGGCACCAGACUGCAUACCCCACACGGUCACAUGUUACAAGGGCCUGUAAGACUGUGCGAUGACUCAAGGCUGAUUUAUGUGUUUUCCAUUAUCGUCCUUUGUGGACGCAGCUGCCAAGUCUGCACAGUACUGUUCAGCUGGGAAGCUAAUAAACUCAUUGCCAUCUUUCUCCAUCAAGACAUUACAGACUGCAGUAAGCUUUCAUAAAUGAAAGAGGACUUUUUUGUUGUCUGCCUGCCUUGAAAGUAUUUCCUGAGAUUCAGGUUACAUGGCUUUUCCCUAGACUGUUGAAGCACCAGGAUCUGCUUACUUAACGUUCUUGCAUACUGAUGUAGUGAAUCUAGGAGACCUCUCAGGCCGUAAAAGCGACAUCGCCGGAAUGUGUGAAGAGGCUCAAACCUACGUGCUGAGAGCAGUUCAUAAAGCGACACUGCCCAGGUCCAUCCCGGAGGAGUCACAGAGACUCUUCAUGACAAGUCCAUUUCUGUCAGUCCAGAGAGUUCCUGGGCAUCUUCCUAUAAAAGCUGGCCAGCAGAACACCCACACCAAAGUCAGCACAGAACACAACAAGGAAUGUCUCAUAAACAUUUCCAAGUACAAGUUUUCCCUGGUUAUAAGUGGUCUCACCAAUAUCUUAAAAAAUGUUAAUAACAUGAGAAUAUUUGGUGAAACUGCUGAAAAGAACUUAUAUUUAUCUCAGCUGAUUAUCUUGGAUACACUGGAAAAAUGUCUGGCAGGGCAACCGAAGGAUACCAUGCGACUAGAUGAGACUAUGCUGGUAAAACAGUUGCUGCCAGAAAUCUGCCACUUCAUCCACACUUACCGUGAAGGGAACCAGCAUGCAGCUGAACUACGCAAUUCGGCCUCUGGAGUUCUUUUUUCUCUUAGCUGCAAUAAUUUUAAUGCUGUGUUCAGCCGCAUUUCCACCAGAUUACAGGAACUGACUGUAUGUUCAGAAGAUAAUGCUGAUGUUCAUGAUAUUGAACUUUUACAGUACAUCAGUGUGGAUUGUUCAAAACUAAAACGACUCUUGCAAGAGACAGUAUUCAAGUUUAAAGCCCUAAAAAAAGUAGCGCAGUUAGCUGUUAUCAACAGUCUUGAAAAGGCAUUUUGGAAUUGGGUGGAAAACUAUCCUGAUGAAUUCACAAAGCUAUAUCAAACACCGCAGACUGAUAUGGCUGAUUGUGCAGAGAAGUUGUUUGACUUAGUGGAUGGCUUUGCUGAAAGCACAAAACGUAAAGCAGCAGUUUGGCCUCUGCAAAUCAUACUCCUAGUCCUGUGCCCAGAGAUAAUCCAAGAUAUAGCAAAGGAUGUUGUAGAAGAAACUAAAAUGAACAAGAAACUGUUCCUGGACAAUCUCAGGAAAGCCCUUGCAGGCCAUAGUGGGAGCAGACAGCUGACUGAAAGUGCUGCUAUUGCUUGUGUUAAACUGUGCAAAGCAUCUACCUACAUCAACUGGGAAGAUAAUUCUGUCAUUUUCCUACUAGUGCAGUCCAUGGUAGUAGAUCUUAAGAAUUUGCUGUUUAAUCCAAGCAAACCUUUCUCAAGAGGCAAUCAAAAUGCAGAUGUAGACCUUAUGAUUGACUGUUUAGUUUCCUGCUUCCGAAUAAACCCUCGCAACAACCAACACUUUAAGAUCUGCUUGGCACAGAAUUCCCCAUCGACGUUUCAUUAUGUACUGGUAAACUCGCUCCAUCGAAUAAUCACAAAUUCUGCAUUGGACUGGUGGCCCAAGAUUGAUGCUGUGUACUGUCAUUCCAUGGAGCUUCGCAGCAUGUUUAGUGAGACGCUUCAUAAAGCUAUUCAAGGUUGUGGGGCACAUCCAGCAAUUCGCAUGACACCGAGUCUCACAUUUAAAGAGAAAAUGACAAGCCUUAAAUUUAAAGAAAAACCUACAGAUUUGGAAACCAGAAGCUACAAGUUCUUGCUGUUGUCCUUGGUAAAACUGAUCCAUGCCGAUCCAAAGCUUUUGCUCUGUAAUCCAAGGAAGCAAGGGCCUGAGACGCAAGGGAGCACUGCUGAAUUGAUUACAGGCCUUGUACAACUUGUUCCACAAUCCAGCAUGCCAGAUAUAGCACAAGAAGCCAUGGAGGCCUUGCUAGUUCUUCACCAAUUAGACAGCAUCGACUUGUGGAAUCCUGAUGCUCCUAUAGAAACGUUCUGGGAAAUUAGUUCACAAAUGCUUUUUUAUAUCUGCAAGAAACUAACUAGUCAUCAGAUGCUCAGCAGUACAGAAAUCCUCAAGUGGCUGAGAGAAAUUCUCAUUUGUAGGAAUAAGUUUCUUCUAAAGAACAAACAAUCAGAUAGGAGUUCCUGUCAUUUUCUCUUCCUUUAUGAUGUCUCUGGAGGUGGAACUAGUCAAAUAUCUCUUGACCACGAAGAGAUGAUACGUUGUGCUACAGGAGCUACACUCAGGAAAGGGAAAGGAAAUUCUUCUAUAGAAAGUGCAGCAGGAUGCAGUGGAACGCCUAUUUGUCGCCAAGCCCAAACAAAAUUGGAAGUCGCCCUAUACAUGUUUUUGUGGAGCCCUGAUAUUGAGGCAGUCCUUGUUGCAAUGUCCUGUUUCCGUCACCUCUGUGAGGAAGCAGAUAUCAGAUGUGGAGUAGAUGAAGUCUCGGUUCAUAAUUUUUUGCCAAACUACAACACUUUCAUGGAAUUUGCAUCUGUUAGCAAUAUGAUGUCAACAGGGAGAGCAGCUCUUCAGAAAAGAGUGAUGGCUUUAUUGAGACGCAUUGAACAUCCAACUGCGGGCAACACAGAGGCCUGGGAGGAUACACAUGCAAAAUGGGAACAAGCUACAAAACUAAUCCUCAAUUAUCCAAAGACCAAAAUGGAAGAUGGGCAGGUUACUGAAAGUCUUCAUAAGACAAUUGUUAAGAGACGAAUGUCGCAUGUUAGCGGGGGUGGCUCCAUAGACUUGUCUGACACUGAUUCUCUUCAGGAGUGGAUCAACAUGACAGGGUUUUUAUGUGCUCUUGGAGGAGUGUGCCUACAGCAUCGUAGCAAUGCGGGAUUAGCAACCUACAGUCCACCUAUGGGCCCAGUCAAUGAGCGUAAGGGCUCCAUGAUAUCUAUGGUGUCCACUGAGGGAAACACAGACACUCCUGUGAGCAAAUUCAUAGAUCGGUUAUUGACUCUGAUGGUCUGUAACCAUGAGAAAGUGGGACUUCAAAUACGGACUAAUAUUAAAGAUCUAGUGGGCUUGGAACUGAGUCCAGCACUUUAUCCAAUGCUGUUUAACAAAUUGAAGAACACCAUCAGCAAGUUUUUUGAUUCUCAAGGGCAGGUUUUGUUAACUGAGACCAACACACAAUUUGUAGAGCAAACCAUUGCUAUAAUGAAGAAUUUGCUCGAUAAUCAUACAGAAGGGAGUUCAGAACAUCUUGGACAAGCUAGUAUUGAGACAAUGAUGCUGAAUCUGGUUAGAUAUGUGCGUGUACUUGGAAAUUUGGUACAUGCAAUUCAAAUAAAAACUAAGCUCUGUCAGUUAGUAGAAGUAAUGAUGGAGAGGAGAGAUGACCUGUCAUUUUGCCAAGAAAUGAAGUUUAGGAACAAAAUGGUGGAAUAUUUGACAGACUGGGUUAUGGGAACAUCUAAUCAAGCAACGGAUGAAGAUGUAAAAUGCCUGACAAGAGACUUGGACCAAGCAAGUAUGGAAGCAGUGGUUUCUCUUCUUGCUGGGCUUCCCCUGCAACCUGAAGAGGGAGAUGGUGUUGAGUUGAUGGAAGCCAAAUCCCAGUUAUUUCUUAAAUAUUUCACUCUGUUUAUGAACCUUCUAAAUGACUGUAGUGAAGUUGAAGAUGAAAGCGCACAAACAGGUGGCAGGAAACGUGGUAUGUCUCGAAGACUGGCUUCGCUGCGGCACUGCACUGUUCUUGCUAUGUCAAACUUGCUCAAUGCAAAUGUGGACAGUGGCCUUAUGCACUCAAUAGGCUUGGGCUAUCAUAAAGAUCUCCAGACAAGAGCUACAUUCAUGGAAGUCCUCACUAAAAUUCUGCAGCAGGGAACAGAAUUUGAUACAUUAGCAGAAACUGUGCUAGCAGAUCGGUUUGAGAGAUUGGUGGAGCUGGUUACAAUGAUGGGUGAUCAGGGGGAGCUUCCUAUUGCUAUGGCUUUAGCCAAUGUGGUGCCUUGUUCUCAGUGGGAUGAGCUAGCUCGUGUCCUGGUCACGCUCUUUGAUUCCCGGCACUUACUCUACCAGCUACUUUGGAAUAUGUUUUCAAAGGAAGUUGAACUAGCAGAUUCCAUGCAGACACUCUUCCGAGGAAAUAGCUUAGCCAGUAAAAUAAUGACUUUCUGUUUUAAGGUAUAUGGUGCUACGUAUUUGCAGAAGCUUUUGGAGCCUUUAUUAAGGACGGUGAUCACCUCCUCAGAAUGGCAGCAUGUUAGCUUUGAGGUGGAUCCUACAAGGCUGGAGCCUACAGAAAGCCUUGAAGAGAACCAGCGGAGUCUUUUGCAAAUGACAGAAAAAUUUUUUCAUGCAAUCAUUAAUUCUUCUUUGGAAUUCCCACCACAACUUCGCAGUGUGUGCCAUUGUUUGUACCAGGCAACUUGCCACUCUCUACUGAAUAAAGCUACCGUAAAAGAAAAAAAGGAAAACAAAAAAUCAGUUGUUAGCCAGCGGUUUCCUCAGAACAGCAUUGGAGCGGUCGGAAGCGCUAUGUUCCUGCGGUUCAUCAACCCUGCCAUCGUCUCCCCUUACGAGGCAGGGAUUUUAGACAAAAAGCCUCCACCAAGAAUUGAAAGGGGGUUGAAACUGAUGUCAAAGAUACUUCAGAGCAUUGCCAACCACGUCCUCUUUACGAAAGAAGAACACAUGCGGCCUUUUAAUGAUUUUGUCAAAAGUAAUUUUGAUGCAGCACGAAGGUUUUUCCUUGAUAUUGCAUCUGAUUGCCCAGCUAGCGACACUGUCAACCACAGCCUGUCUUUCAUCAGUGAUGGCAACGUGCUUGCUCUGCACCGACUACUGUGGAACAAUCAGGAGAAAAUUGGCCAGUACCUUUCCAGCAACAGGGACCACAAGGCUGUUGGAAGAAGACCUUUUGACAAAAUGGCUACUCUUCUUGCCUAUCUGGGUCCUCCGGAGCACAAACCUGUGGCAGACACCCAUUGGUCCAGUUUAAAUCUCACUAGUUCCAAAUUUGAAGAAUUUAUGACAAGGCAUCAGGUACAUGAAAAAGAGGAGUUCAAAGCACUGAAAACGUUAAAUAUUUUCUACCAAGCUGGGACAUCGAAAGCUGGCAAUCCUGUUUUCUACUACAUUGCUCGGCGAUUCAAGACUGGUCAGAUCAAUGGGGAUUUACUGAUAUACCAUGUCCUGCUAACUCUGAAGCCAUACUAUGCAAAGCCAUAUGAAAUUGUAGUGGACCUCACACACGCUGGCCCCAGUAAUCGUUUUAAAACAGACUUUCUUUCUAAAUGGUUUGUAGUUUUUCCAGGCUUUGCUUAUGAAAAUGUCUCAGCAGUUUUUAUUUAUAACUGCAAUUCUUGGGUCAGAGAAUACACCAAAUACCAUGAAAGGCUCCUGACAGGUUUAAAAGGAAGCAAAAGACUUAUUUUCAUAGACUCUCCAGGGAAAUUGGCAGAGCACAUUGAACAUGACCAGCAGAAACUCCCAGCAGCUACCUUGGCUUUGGAGGAGGACUUGAAAGUGUUUCACAACGCUCUCAAACUGGCUCACAAAGACACCAAAGUUUCUAUUAAAGUUGGAUCUACAGCUGUGCAGGUGACAUCAGCAGAACGAACAAGAGUCCUGGGACAAACAGUAUUUUUAAACGAUAUUUACUAUGCCUCAGAAAUUGAGGAAAUAUGUCUUGUUGAUGAGAACCAGUUUACCUUGACCAUUGCCAACCAAGGCACGCCACUGACUUUCAUGCAUCAGGAGUGUGAAGCCAUUGUUCGGUCCAUCAUUCAUAUACGGACACGGUGGGAGUUGUCGCAACCGGACUCCAUCCCGCAGCAUACUAAAAUUCGCCCUAAGGAUGUUCCUGGAACACUACUGAACAUAGCACUGCUCAACCUGGGAAGUUCAGACCCCAGUUUGCGGUCUGCUGCCUAUAAUCUUCUGUGUGCCUUAACCUGUACUUUCAAUUUAAAGAUUGAGGGCCAGUUACUGGAAACUUCAGGUCUGUGUAUUCCUGCCAACAACACCCUCUUUAUUGUGUCUAUUAGUAAAACUCUUGCAGCUAAUGAGCCACACCUUACCUUAGAGUUCUUGGAAGAGUGUAUUUCUGGAUUUAGCAAAUCUAGUAUUGAACUGAAACAUCUUUGUCUGGAGUACAUGACUCCCUGGUUAUCAAAUCUAGUCCGAUUCUGUAAACACAAUGAUGAUGCCAAGCGCCAGCGAGUCACUGCUAUCCUUGAUAAGCUUAUAACAAUGACUAUAAAUGAAAAGCAGAUGUAUCCUUCCAUUCAAGCUAAGAUAUGGGGAAGUCUUGGACAGAUAACAGAUCUGCUUGAUGUAGUGCUGGACAGUUUCAUCAAAACUAGUGCCACAGGAGGGUUAGGAUCCAUAAAAGCUGAGGUUAUGGCAGACACAGCUGUAGCUCUUGCUUCUGGAAAUGUGAAAUUGGUUUCGAGCAAAGUAAUUGGAAGGAUGUGUAAAAUAAUCGACAAGACCUGUUUGUCUCCAACUCCUACGUUAGAGCAGCACCUAAUGUGGGAUGAUAUUGCUAUUCUAGCACGUUACAUGCUGAUGCUCUCCUUUAACAAUUCUCUGGAUGUGGCGGCACAUCUCCCCUACCUCUUCCAUGUGGUCACUUUAUUGGUGGCUACUGGUCCCCUUUCUCUCAGAGCUUCCACUCAUGGUCUGGUUAUCAACAUCAUCCAUUCUCUGUGCACUUGUUCACAGCUUCACUUUAGUGAGGAGACCAAGCAAGUGUUAAGGCUGAGUUUGACCGAGUUCUCUCUGCCCAAAUUUUAUUUGCUGUUUGGAAUCAGCAAAGUGAAAUCAGCAGCAGUCAUUGCCUUCCGAUCCAGCUACCGAGAUAGGUCAUUUUCACCCGGUUCCUACGAAAGGGAGACUUUCGCACUGACUUCGCUGGAAACAGUUACUGAAGCUUUGUUGGAGAUCAUGGAGGCUUGUAUGAGAGAUAUUCCAACGUGCAAGUGGCUGGACCAGUGGACUGAGCUAGCUCAAAAGUUUGCAUUCCAAUAUAAUCCAUCCCUGCAGCCAAGAGCACUUGUUGUCUUUGGCUGUAUAAGUAAACGUGUGUCUCAUGGACAAAUAAAACAAAUAAUCCGAAUUCUUAGCAAGGGACUUGAGAGCUGUUUAAAAGGCCCUGAUAAUUACAACAGCCAAGUUCUAAUAGAAGCUACGGUUAUAGCACUCACCAAGCUGCAGCCUCUUCUUAAUAAGGACUCUCCUAUGCACAAGGCCCUCUUUUGGGUAGCUAUGGCAGUACUUCAGCUAGACGAAGUAAACCUGUAUUCAGCAGGUACAGCGCUACUUGAACAGAAUUUGCAUACCUUGGAUAGCCUUCGGGUAUUCAAUGAUAAGAGCCCAGAAGAGGUGUUUAUGGAGAUCAGGAGACCACUGGAAUGGCACUGUAAGCAGAUGGAUCACUUUGUUGGGCUAAAUUUCAACUCCAACUUUAAUUUUGCGCUAGUGGGACACCUUCUGAAAGGGUACAGGCAUCCUUCUCCUACUACUGUAGCAAGAACUGUAAGGAUUUUACAUACACUACUAGCCCUGGUUAACAAACAUAGGAAUUGUGACAAGUUUGAGGUGAACACCCAAAGUGUGGCUUACCUAGCAGCUUUGCUGACAGUAUCUGAGGAAGUUCGAAGUCGCUGCAGCCUAAAGCAUAGGAAGUCUCUCUUGUUGACAGAUGUUUCAAUGGAAAAUGUUCCUAUGGAUACAUAUCCCAUACAUCACAGUGACACUAGCUAUAGGACACUAAAGGAAAAUCAACCAUGGUCAUCACCAAAGGGGUCAGAAAGACAUCUGGCUGCCAGUUACCCGACAGUGGGACAGAUAAGCCCUCGAACACGAAAAUCCAUGAGUUUGGAUAUGGGGCAGCCUUCACAAGCCAACACUAAAAAGCUUCUAGGUACAAGGAAAAGUUUUGACCAUUUGAUAUCGGACACAAAGGCUCCUAAAAGGCAAGACAUGGAAUCUGGAAUCACAACGCCCCCCAAAAUGAGGAGAGUAGCCGAAAAUGAUUAUGAAAUGGAAACCCAGAGAAUAUCACCGCAGCAACACCCACAUCUACGAAAAGUUUCUGUUUCUGAAUCAAAUGUCCUCCUAGAUGAAGAAGUUCUGACUGACCCAAAAAUUCAAGCACUCCUGCUUACAGUUCUUGCAACGUUAGUGAAGUACACUACUGAUGAAUUUGACCAGCGAAUUCUUUACGAGUAUUUAGCAGAAGCCAGUGUUGUCUUCCCAAAGGUCUUUCCUGUUGUGCAUAAUUUAUUGGAUUCCAAGAUCAAUACCCUUUUAUCACUGUGCCAGGAUCCAAAUUUGUUGAAUCCAAUUCAUGGGAUUGUUCAGAGUGUUGUCUACCAUGAAGAGUCUCCACCCCAAUACCAAACUUCUUAUCUACAAAGUUUUGGGUUUAAUGGGUUAUGGAGGUUUGCUGGCCCAUUUUCUAAGCAAACACAGAUCCCAGACUAUGCUGAGCUCAUAGUAAAGUUUCUUGAUGCCUUGAUUGACACGUAUUUGCCUGGAAUUGAUGAGGAAACCAGUGAAGAAUCUCUCCUGACACCCACAUCUCCGUAUCCUCCUGCAGUGCAGAGCCAGCUUAGCAUUACUGCUAACCUUAACCUUUCCAAUUCCAUGACCUCUCUCGCAACGUCCCAGCACUCCCCAGGGAUUGACAAGGAGAACGUGGAGCUCUCGCCCACCACCGGACACUCCAACAGCGGGAGGAUGCGCCACGGCUCCGCAAGCCAAGUGCAAAAGCAGCGAAGCGCCGGCAGUUUCAAACGUCAUAGCAUUAAAAAGAUUGUGUGAAGCUUUUCUUUCUUUCUUUCUUUCU